AGUUAUCAAGGUAAACGCAAAUGAAACGCCCAAAUCAAUAAGAAUGGAAUGGAGACGAUAGAAAUUAAUUUGGAAAUUACUUAUAUGAAAAUGUAUAUAGUUGUAGAAAAGUUUAAUGGUGUAACUACGAUAAAUAUUGAUCGCCAACACACUCGCAAUAGUCUGGAUGAAGCAACAUUGAGAGAAAUGACUGCUGCAAUUGAUGCAUUUGAUAAAGAUACAACAGCUAAAGUGCUUGUUUUUAAUGGAGAAGGUGGUUCAUUUUGUUCUGGAUUCGAUAUAGAUGAGGUUGAUGAAAAGGGUUAUAACAAUAUGAAAGAUGCUGCGGUAAGACUUCUGAAACGGCCACUUUGUGAUAAAACAACCAUAGCUGCUGUCUCAGGAUAUGCUGUAGCAGAAGGCUUUGAAUUGGCUUUGGCAUGUGAUCUUCGUGUUGUUGAAGAAACCGCUGUCAUGGGAUGCCUGGGCAGAAGAUUUGGUGUACCACAGUCCUUAUUCGGUGCUCGACGUCUAACUGCUCUUGUGGGAUUGUCUCGAGCAUUGGACCUGCUUAUAACAGGGAAACUGAUCUCUGGAGUAGAAGCACAUCAAGCAGGGCUAUCAUCUAAGCUCACAGCCACUGGCACUGCACUAGGAGAAGCAAUGAAGCUUGCAAAAUCUCUUACAAAGUUUCCUCAAAAUGCGUUAAUAAUGGACAAACUGGCUGCUGUCAACUCACAGCUGAACCCCAACAGUGAAGAGAGUAUGAGAGACGAGGCAGUCAUGACCAGCCUGUUAGGGUCAGCUAUAGAAGACAUUAAGGCCGGAGUCAAAAAGUUCCAAGGGGGUAUAGGGAAGCAUGGAAAAUUCUACAAGUUAACAGAUUACCCUCUCAAAGACUGGGAGCUUGAAGAAAGCUAUGAAGAGGUGAUAGUAGAAAAGAAAGAAUCCAAACCAAAAACUGAAGAGAGUAAUGAAUCCAAAACUGAAGAUCCUUGCAGCAAAUUUACUGAGAAGAAGCCAUAAUAAGCCAUUAUAACCAUUUGUGUUUAAUUCUUUUUUAUGAUUAUUGUUUAAUUGGUAUUAAAACUGUCUAGUCAAAGACUCGUUAACUUUGUUUAGGUCUAAUUCAGAGCUAUGUUACAGUCCACAUGAUUCUUUAAAAUAUGCACAUUUAAUUAUUUCUCAUCUUUGGAUAAUCAUGUUUCAUUUUACAUACUUUGAAUAAUAUCCGUUAUAUUUAGUUUGCUAUCAACACCUACUAAAAACACGAUGGAGAAGUAGGUUUAUGCUAAAUGUAUUAAUAUGUUAUAAAGUUUAUUGUAAGACUGCAAAGCAAUUUAUUAAAAGUUAAUGUAAACUUUUU